AUGACCGGCUGCUUGAACUCCUAUUAUUCGCGAGGUCUGUCGCCGCUCGUGACAAAACACAUGCAUUCCCCUAUUAGGAGCAUCAUCCGUGGUGGUAGUCAUCGCGCACCCGUCGUCGUUGUCCUCGGGGAAAUUCAACAACGUCGAGGUGGCGGCUCCUCUUCUUCUUCAUCUGGAGGCGGCCGAGGUCAAGGCGGCCGGGGAGACCGACGACGAUCUUCUGAAGAGGAUUACAAGAUAACUUUACGUUCUAUACGCAAAAAUUCAAAAAGGUUCGACACGGACGAGCAAGUUUCCGAGAUGUACGCGCGCUCGGCGUUGUUAAAAAAAGCGCACGAAUCUGGCAUGCCAGCGGUGCAAUUGGCGAGCGGGAAGGCGAACAUUUUCAUGGACGGGAAUCCAAUCGUGUACGGAGGUGCGAUUGAUCGUAUGGAGAACGACCCGAAAGAUGGACAAGUUGUCGGAGUGUUCGAUCAUAAUCAACGACCGAUCGGGUGGGGAACGUUUAAUUCGAGCAGCAUGUUUCGCGUGCGGAUGAUGGAGUUGGCGAAGGAGACGGAGUCGCCGAUUUUGAUUAAGCGGGUGGUGAAGAAGAGGAUCGAGGAAGCGAAGAUGUUGAGAGAUAAAGUUUUAGAUCUUAAAAAUGGAAAAACGAAUGCGUAUAGGUUGGUGAAUAGCGAAGGCGAUCGGCUUUCAGGGAUAAUUAUCGAUAAGUACGGGAACGACAACCAUUUCGUCGUUUCUUCGUCGGCAGGUUGGGUGGAAGCGCAAAGAGGCGAUAUCAUCGAGGCGUUGAGAGAGGUGAUGUUGAAAGAAAACGAAAACAUGACGGUUGUGUGGAGAAGAGACGUAGACAUGUACGCUUUAGAAGGUGUCGGGGUGACCGAAAAGGUAUCCGUGUACGAUAAGAACGGCGACGACGCGUCGGCUUCGUUGCCGAGCGAGAUUGAAAUCACUGAGAACGGGGUGAAAUAUUUGGUCAAUCUGACCGAAGGGCACAAAACGGGGUUUUACGUCGACCAACGCGACAAUCGAGCGUUUAUCGGUGAGUUGAGUAAAACGAGUAACGAUAACAGUGAUUUCAGCGUCUUGGAUUGCUGCACGUACACCGGCGGCUUCGCCAUCAACGCCGCCGUGGCGGGAUGCAAAAACGUCACCGCCGUCGACUCCUCCAAAAUAGUCCUCUCCAUCGCCGCAAGGAACGCCGAACUGAACAACGUCCAGGAUCAAAUCAAUUUUGUUCCCUCCGACGCCUUCGAUUACCUCGACGACUGCAUCGCCAACAACCGCCAAUACGACGUUCUCGUGCUCGAUCCUCCCAAGUUCGCGCCUACGGUCAAAUCUUUAUCCAAAUCGCUCUUAAAAUACAUCGGAUUAAACGCUCGCGCCAUGCGAUGCGUCAAACCAGGCGGUAUUUUAAUAUCCUGCAGUUGCUCCGGAGCAGUCACGCAGCGAAAACUGUUACCAUCCAUCGUCUUUGAAGCUUCCCAAGCGGCGAACCGAAGGAUCGCGAAAGUCCGCGACGGCGGAUGCGGCGCCGAUCAACCGAUCGACCCCAUGUUCCCAGAGGGUGAAUAUUUGAGCGUUUUAGCCGUGCGCGUGAUGUAA